UUGUUCUUUUGUAGCAGUGAAGGGGGAGUGGAGCAAUCUGAUUCUUGUGAAGUUGGCUCCUCCCAUCGCUGCGGCUGCGCACUUCCAAUUUUUCACUUUUUUUUUUUUUUUUUUUUUCUUAUUUUUCACUCCUACUCUGGCUUCCGGACGCUAAGAUAGACCGCUGCCGCCGAAUUUAAAGAGACAGGCGAUAGUUAUUUUAAAUACGUAAAACGACAACCAUUGUCUCCGAGCUUGCAGUCCGACUCUUCGUGCUUUCGUUUGCUUGGUUCGACCGUGAUGUUCAGUCAAAGUCGCAGCGAGUAGUAGCUUGUCGGUCAUCACUCUCACUCUGCUGGGUUUCCCGUCUUUUUUGCCUGCUUUCCCCCCCUCUCCCUCUCUCUCUCUCUCUGCUCGUCGAGACUGUCCAGCUAGGCAAAGUAGGGUUUGCUCGCUGGCAGGCUGGCUUCCCGACCGAGAGGACGGUUUGUCGCCUAGCCAACAACUGGAGGUAACGCCGAAGCUUCCCUCUCAAGUUGUGGUAGCGGCUCUCUCGAGCCUCCCUACGCCGGGGAUAUAAUGGCGAAGAUUCAGGCGCACACCACCGCCAAGCAAAUAAACCAAAUUCAAGACAAGCCUUACGUGAUAACACAAAAGCAAGUGCAGCAGCAGCACUUCCAGAAGCUCAAGGUUGAAGAUGCCUUGUCAUAUCUGGACCAGGUGAAAAUUCGCUUUGCCAACGACCCUGGCAUAUAUAACAAGUUUCUGGACAUCAUGAAAGAGUUCAAGUCACAGAGCAUCGACACACCGGGGGUCAUAAACAGAGUGUCACAACUAUUUCAUGGGCACCCAGACCUUGUUUUGGGCUUCAAUGCCUUCCUGCCACCAGGCUAUCGGAUAGAGGUUCCUAAGAAUGGGAUGGCUUUCCUUCAAUCUCCGUUCACAACGCAGGUAUCCCCAGGACCGCCAGUGAAGAGCCUGACCUCUCCUGCAGUGGCUACCUCCUCAGGUAGUGUCCCUACCGUCCAUUCAGAAGCAGGACCAGCUCAGACCGGUGACGCCAAGGCGCCCUCAUCAGACAACCUAUCUUCAACCUCAGUAGGACCCCCAGAGCCUCCCAGCAAACUUUCUCUUCCUCUGACGAGCAAAGAGGGCCACAGUCAGGCCACCACCUCGUCUGUAUCCCCGCCUGCUUCAGAGACGAGCCCCGUAGAGUUCGACAGUGCCAUUAGCUAUGUAAACAAGAUUAAGAACCGUUUCCUGGACCACCCUGAGAUUUAUAGAGCCUUCCUAGAAAUUCUUCAUACAUAUCAGAAAGAGCAGCUGGAGGUGAAGGAGAGUCGAGGCGGUCGAGGCAGCAGCGGGAUGACCGAAGAUGAGGUGUUUUCCAAAGUUGCCAGUCUCUUCAAGGGACAAGAGGACCUACUUGCUGAGUUUGGACAGUUCCUGCCUGAUGCCAAGAGAUCACUGUUCACGGGGAGCUCGCUGACGGGAGGGAAAGAGCAGGUAAAAAAGCCAGAGGAAGAGGACAUGAUCACCAAACAGAACAAGAAGAGGCCCAGACCAUUGCUGAUGCACAUGUCCCCGCUGCUCAAGAAAAAGAUGAAGUAUCCCUGCACCAAAGAUCAGUCCUUUGCUUCUGUGGGGAAACAUGGUGUCUUAAGAGAAUUCUCCUUUUUUGAUAAGGUUCGUCGCCUGUUUAAAAGCCAGGAAGUGUAUGAGAAUUUUCUGCGAUGCAUCGCCUUGUUCAACCAAGAAGUGGUUUCUGGGGCAGAGCUGCUACAACUAGUGACUCCGUUCCUUGGGAAGUUUCCUGAGCUAUACACUCAAUUCAAGUCAUUUCUGGGGGACAAAGAGCUCUCUCAUGCUGUGUCGGGGCUCUCAGAUCGCUACAUGGAAGGAGGAGGGGGUAGAGAGGUGGAUUAUGCCUCUUGCAAACGCCUGGGGUCGAGCUACAGAGCACUGCCCAAAACCUAUCAGCAGCCAAAAUGCAGUGGCCGCACUGCCCUUUGCAAAGAGGUCCUAAAUGACACCUGGGUCUCAUUCCCCUCCUGGUCGGAGGACUCCACCUUUGUUAGCUCGAAAAAGACUCCAUAUGAAGAACAACUGCAUCGCUGUGAGGAUGAAAGAUUCGAGUUGGAUGUUGUGCUGGAGACAAAUUUGGCCACCAUCAGGGUGUUGGAGAGCGUACAGAAGAAGCUGUCUCGUCUUUCACCGGAGGAACAAGACAGAUUCAGACUAGACGACUGCCUGGGUGGUACCUCUGAGGUUAUCCAGCGGCGUGCUGUGUAUCGUAUCUAUGGCGACAAGGCCCCUGAGAUCAUCGAAGGACUGAAGAAGAGUCCCGCCACCGCUGUGCCUGUGGUGCUUAAGAGGUUGAAAGCGAAGGAGGAGGAAUGGAGAGAGGCCCAGCAGGGUUUCAACAAGAUUUGGAGAGAGCAGUAUGAGAAAGCCUACCUGAAGUCCCUGGACCACCAAGGAGUCAACUUCAAACAGAAUGAUAUGAAGGCCCUGCGGUCAAAAAGUCUCCUCAAUGAAAUUGAAAGCAUCUAUGAUGAGCGUCAGGAGCAGAACACAGAAGAUGGAGGAGUUGGCCAUCAGAGCCGUAACGGUUCGGGCUCAGGAUUGUCCAGCGAGCCUCACAUGAUGUUCACAUAUGAGGACAAGCAGAUACUGGAAGAUGCUGCAUCCCUCAUCAUCUACCAUGUGAAACGUCAGCCCACCAUCCACAAGGAUGACAAGGACCACAUCAAGCGCAUCAUUCAGCACUUUGUUCCUGAUCUGUUCUUCUCCCGCCGUGGUGAGCUUAGUGAUACAGAGGAAUGGACUGAUGAGGAGGUGGAGCCUGAGGAAGGAGGAGAAAGAAGAGGUGGAACUUCUGCACCAACAGCAGCAGCCGGGGGAGGAGGAAGCGGUCAUUCAAACAAUGCGUCAGGGGGAGCAACAACGGCAGCCACAGGAAGUCAGCCUCCAGCCCAGCCAGCCCAGUCCCAACUGCAGCAGCAGCUCAAUGGUGAGUCCAGGAGGAGGCGCUGCAGCCCAUCUCAACCUACAGACACUGAGCCGUCCACCACAUCCAGUAGCACGAGCCAACCUGCAGCGAUGACUUCAUCCAUCCCUGGCUCUACUCCUAUGGAGACGAGCUCUGGUGCUGUCGGAGAAAAAGUGGACCUCCGUGACCCUGAGGCAGAACACCAGAAGGAGCUGGAUGGCGUCUACAACCUUUUCUUUGUAAACAACAAUUGGUAUUUCUUUUUGCGGCUGCACCAGACUCUGUGUUCACGGCUGCUGCGGGUUUACCGACAAGCCGAGCGGCAGCUGCUGGAACACCGAGCAGAGCAGAGCCGAGAGAGGCUGCUGAUGGCGGAGGGAAGGAGGGAAAAGGCGUGUGACCUGGCCAUGGAGCUCCGCCUCAAACAGCCCAGCGAGGUGGAGUUGGAGGAGUACUAUCCAGCCUUCCUGGACAUGGUGCGCAGUCUCCUGGAUGGAAACUUAGACUCCACACAGUACGAAGACACGCUGAGAGAGAUGUUCACCAUCCACGCCUACAUCGGCUUCACCAUCGACAAGGUCAUCCACAACAUCAUCCGGCAGCUGCAGCACCUGGUGAGCGACGAAGUGUGUCUGCAGGUGGUUGAUCUUUACCUGGCUGAGAGGAAGAGGGGGGCAGCAGGUGGGAACCUGUCCUCCCAGUGUGUUAGAGCAGCUUGGGAGACCAGCUACCAGUGGAAGGCUGAGAGAAUCAUGGCUGAAGAGAACUGCUUCAAGAUAAUGUUUAUCCAAAAUAAAGGUCAGGUGACGAUGACCCUCGAGCUGCUGGACACCGAGGAGGCUCAAGCUGACGAUCCAUUAGAUGUUCAGUGCUUGUCGAGCUACAUGGAGCAGUUUGUUGGAACAGAGUCCAGUUUGUGCUCGCAGGCAGAAGGCUACUUCUUCAAACCUGUAUUUCUGCCCAGGAAUCUGCGGCGUUUCCGGCGCUGGCAGGUACGGCAGGUGGAGGCGAUGCGCUGCAGGAGAGAGUGGCACCGGCAGCUGGCUGUGGAGAACGCCGGCAGUCUGGAGUGUCGGUUCAAACUCAACACUCACAAGAUGGUGUUUGUUAUGAACUCUGAGGACUACAUGUACCGCCGAGGUGCUCUCGUGAAGGCCAGGAAGUCACAGCACAGAGUCGCAGCGUGCCAACACGAACGCUUUGACAAGUGGCACCAGAGCUGGCUGGCCAAUCAUGUCCCAGCCUCAGCUGAACACUCGGUGCAGAACUGGCUAAUGGGCGAGGAGGAGGAGGAUUUCAUACCCUGCAAGACCACUUGCCUGUCCACAGAGGUGAAAGGACAGAUGGUCAACAGAUACCAAGUUCAUUACAGCAGUAGCAAAGCCCCUUCCUCACCAUAAAGAUCAGCAGGGAGACGGACACGCCCUCACAGGUAAAUGCAUGAACUUACAGGACAUCUGCACACUAAACACAGACAUAAACAGCUACAGUCCCAUUUCUCCACCUCCCUCCCACACGUUCACUCAUGGAUGAAUAAACUGGCAGAAACCCUGCGAGUCGGUGAGUGAGCGUGCAGAGCGAGGACGAGGACCAACAGACUCUGAUGUAAUCAAUGAAAGCGAAUGGUUUCUGACUGAUGGGAUCAGUAGGACACAACUGCACAGGCUGAGCUCCUCUGCAGCAGAUCCGUCACUCUGUCCUCUCGGAUGGCACUAAAGUUAACAGGACUGAUGAAUAGAGACGGUUGAUCAGCUGAGAGAUCGUGGAAUUUGUUUCAGAAAUGUGAAUGUCUCCUCUUUUUUUUUUUUUAUGUGUAGUUUUUAGCUUCUGAAGCCAGACAGCCUUCUUCCUGUUGGUUGAUUCAUAUAUGUUUAUAUGGAGAGAUAAUGGUAAAUGUUUGUGUGUAUGUGUAUCCUGCUCUCUACAUUUUGUCUGAGUCCAGAACAGGCUUUAUAACUAUAGUAUCUACAUUAUUACUGUAUGUGCAUAUAUACAGGGAUCCUGUAUUUUUAUAUAUGCAUCUACACAAGUCGAUACAUCAGAUGAUCAUGUGAUUCCUUAAAGUAUUUGUUGUCGGCCAACUCUUGAUGUUUGUGCUUUUUUUUUUUUCCUUUCAAUUUUUGUAUUUUUCUUUUCGUGUUGUAGCUAAGCGAGUUAUCACCGGGGCAACAAGGAGUGCUUAAAUUUAAUUGGUUUGAUAUUAAUGAAAUAGUCAAAAUUAUGUACCAUCCAUGAUUUCACAAAACAUUUUUUGCAUUGUUUUGCAUACUCACAUUGAAAAUAAAAGCAAAGUAUCAUCAGUGUUAAAAAAGAAUGUAUAAUGUUUAUCUUGUAUCAGUUAUCAGAUAAUAAACAACCUAGUUGUGACCUUCUUAGA